AUGCGCCAUCGUCUAAUUCCACCGUAUCAUCGAUUAGUACUGAAACUAUUCCAUCAGUUAUUGCUGCUAAUAAUUCAACAAUAUGUUCAUACGAUGAUAGCGUUCAAAUCAUUUCUGAACUUGCAAAACGUAGUUAUACGCUUGAUUGCAGCGAUAUUCGACGAAUUCGAAUUUCGUGUUCGUAUAUUCGAUAGAAAAAUUCCUGAUCCGACGACGAAUGAUCGUUCCGUAAUUAACUUUCAGAAGCAAAAAACGAAAGAAUUUCCGUUACAGAACGAUAAUGAAAUACCAAUACUGGAAAAUCCUGUUGUUGUUUUAAUACCUAAAACAAUGAAUAAAAGGAAAUCAUUGUCAGCCAGUUGGUUAAUUGAGGAAAAAAAAAGUAAAAUUUUAAAUUAUUUUUUUAAACUCUUCAAAAAAUAA